AUGAAAUAAGCUUUAAUUUUUAAACAUGAAUCCCCUAAUGUUAAAGCUGAUUUCCAUGAGAAUGAUACUAAAGACCCCAUCAAGAUUCUUCAAUCCAUUUAUGAUCAAUAUGAUGCUUUAUAUGUUGAAGAGAUUAUUCUAGAAGAACUCGAAAUACCUGAAAUAACACCUGAAUUAAGAGAUAAAUUAUAAGAAUUUCCUAAUGUUCAUAGUUUUGGUAUCAAUAGAUGUGGAUUACAAAGUCUUACUAAUUUUCCAUCCUAUAAACAUCUAGUUAGAUUCUAGGCUGAUGGAAAUCUCAUCAAGGCAAAAUAAAUUGGUUAUCUUAAGAAAUACACUGAAUUACGUUCUAUUUCACUUAUUUCCAAUUAAAUUGAUGACCCUAAAACAAUCAUCAAAUAUUUGAAAGAAAUGAAAAUUACUCAACUUAAUCUCUAUGGUAAUCCAAUGUAAGAUUACUUUAAACUCUUCUUUGAUGAAAUACCUUCCUUGAUUUAUCUAGAUAAUUUAUAGAAGACUGGAGCUGAAGUCUAUUACGAUUACGAUGAUACACAUGAAUUGAGUAAACAAGAUGGUUAUAUCUGUCCUAAUUACAAAGAAUAUAAAAGUUGA